CAAUUAACGUCUAUUUGACUGAUAAAAACGCAUGGAUCCUCCCGACAACUUUGCCACUCCACACAUGAUCUCCUAAUUUUUAUUUUACUGUUUUUUAUUAUUUUGUUCAUAAUUUUUAUUUUUAUUAUAAUAAUUCAUAUAUUGUGACAUUUAAAUUUUAUUUGUAAAACAUGUACGUGAUUUGUGAUCUUCAAGUAUCUGAAUUAUACUUCUAUUUCGACGAAUAAGAUUUGUAAUUAUGAAGUCAUGGGAAUCGAGUGUGUCAUGCUCACUCAAAUGGUCAAUCUGGUAGUGGCGUCGUGGGCCGGGUCGUGAGGUUCCCACUAUUAUGGUUGAGCUACGCGAUGGCUGUCCCAUGAACGGGUGCUGCCAGAGGGAACUGGUCAUCUCGUUUCUCAUAUAUUUUUAUAUGAACCCAAGCGUGUCACCUGUCGAUAGACACUUUGUACCGGACCUGUGCCGGUGUGCCGAUCUGGAACGAAGUCUCAUCAUGAUUAAGGAUGAUAUGGUUAAGGAAGAUGUGGUCAUUCCGAGAUUGAGAGGCAUAUAUGAUAUUAAACCGUUGCAUCCAAGAGAUAUGUUUGAAUUUGAGAAUAUGCUAGAUUCUGUGGUGAAGGACGUGAAGGAUAUGACAGCGAACCAUUCAAAUCUCAUAAAACUAAUGUCUGAGACGAGAGAGAUUUACUAUGUCCUAAAUCAUCUGGAUCCUAUACUAGGGGACGUGGAAGCGGGUUAUACCAAAUUUCCGAAAACAAUGCGGGUGGGAGCUGGGACAGGGGCGUACGACAGGCGGCAAUUGAAGAUAAUCACUGGAGUCAUCGAUCGGUCUUUGACGUAUCAUUUCCAAACUAUGCUAUGGCGAAUCUCUCAUGGUACUAUUUACUACAAGGAUGCUGCAAGAGACGAGAAAUUUCAAAAUCUUGCAACGGGUCGGGAUGUUCGGAAAGUGGCAUUUGUGAUAGUCUGCCCUGGAGAGGAGUUGCAGCAGCGGAUUUUGAAGGUGUGCAAUGGGUUCAACGUGAACUUGUACCGUUGGCCAGAAACUCACGAGGAUAGAGUGUCGACCAUCAAUGAACUCGCUAAAAGAAUGGUUGAGAUGGACAAGGUAUUGCAGCGAACUAAAGUUCAGCGUAUGGCGACAUUUCGCACUAUUGCUCAGCAAUGGGAGAAUUGGCUUACACAAGUCAGAAAAGCCAAAGCUAUUUACUACCAGCUCAAUUUGUUCAAUUUUGACAUAUCUAGUAACACUUUGAUAGGUCAGUGCUGGUUGGCGGAUCGAAAUUUUAAUAAAGUGGAAAGUGCAUUGGAGAUAUCCUCGGCAUCGUCGAGCGCUCGAUCAUUUAUAGUACGGACCUACACUGAAGCCACUCCUCCCACUUCUUAUAGGACUAACAGAUUUACUGAAGGAUUCCAAAAUGUUACAUGUUCAUAUGAUUAUGGAAGAUACCGGGAGUUGAAUCCAGCUAUUUUCAGUGUUAUACUGUUCCCAUUCCUUUUCGGCGUUAUGUGCGGGGAUGUGGGACAUGGUUUGCUGAUCUUUAUCUACGGCAUAUGGAUGAUCAAUAAUGAAAAGAAAUAUGCGUCCCGGAGGUCUCGUAACGACGUGUGGAACAUAAUCUUCGCAGGUCGUUACAUGAUUCUGUUAAUGGGCUUGUUUACAAUAUUCAUGGGUUUUAUGUAUAAUGAAUGGUUUUCGCAAGCGAUUAAGUUGAUGGCGGCGUAUUGGCUAAACACAAGUGAUCCAAAUACAAUAUCCAAAAGCAGCUUUAUAACCUUGAAUCCGAAGGCAGAUACUGGAUUUGUGUAUCUUUUUGGCAUUGAUCCUGGGAUAAAGAUAGCAGCUAAUGGACUUUCACAUGAAAAUUCAGUUAAAAUGAAAUUGGCGGUCAUAAUUGGACUCUCACAUAUGACAUUGGGCCUGAUUUUAAAUAUUUGUAACAUAAUAUAUUUCAGAAAAUUCUACGCAAUCCUAUGUCAUUCAGUACCUCGUUUAUUAUUUAUUUGGUGUAUUUAUGGAUGGCUGGUAUACAUGUUUUUCUAUAAAUGGAUCUUAAGCUUUUAUACAAAGCAAAUGGAUUUCCGCGCCUACUGGCCUACUCUGAGUGCAGAAUUCUUAGACUUGAUAUUCUGGAGGAAUAUCAGUUUAGAUUGUUGGCCACGCAUAACUCAAGCAGUCGCGAACAAUCCUAAUCUUUUGCCUGCAAUGACACUUUUCGCUAGAGAUUUAUCAGACCGGAUGGAAACUAAAGUAAUAUUAUACCAUGUAGCAUUACUAUGCUUUCCCAUUAUGGCAUUUGCGUCGCCAAUAUAUUUAUAUACUAGACAUAUGAUGUCAGUGAGACGGCUGGAGAACAGUGGAGAAUAUGGAGAAUGUCAAAUAGAUGCGUUCAAGAAGCAGCAAGGAGUCGAUUUCAAAACCCUAUUGACACAUCGCUUGGUGCGAACAAUGGAAUACGGACUAGCCACGGUCAGCCACAUGGCGUCCUACCUCCGGCUUUGGGCAAUUUCGGUUGCACACACUGUAAUGGCGCGUUUGCUCUGGCACAGUACAAUGAGAACCUUGGCUUUGAGAGAUCUGACUCCUGCCGGAAGUAGAAAAAUAGUAUUAGUCUUCCCAAUUUGGGCAACUGCUACUGUGUUCUUUCUCGUGUUGAUGGAUGGUAUCGCCAUGUUUAUUCAUGUGCUGCGACUUCAAUGGAUCGAAUUUAUGAGUAAGUUUUUCAAAGGCGGUGGUAUUCCAUUCGUUCCAUUUUCUCUUGCGACUAUUCUUGACGACCUGGAUUUUAGACACUGUGAUGAAGAAACAGAGGCCCUGUGUAAGCAACGUCGCGUGAGAGCAAGCGCUGGUGAUUUUUAAAAGUUAUUUGACAAAACUGAUGUGACAAUAUUUAAGUACGUUGUUUAAGAACAAUGAAAAAUAUGGGUCAUUCAUGUGGUGGUUGUCGGAAAAGGACUUUCGGUUUAGUGGUAGAUGUUUUUGAAGACGAGGGCGACGCGCCCCGCGCUGGCCAUUUUGUCACUAUUUACACUUUCCAGAAGAAACCAUGUAGACGUGAUUUAUCCAUAUUUUUCAAUUAACAAGUUAUUUCGCAAAACUCUACAUUAACUUCAUUGGUAGAUAUUCGUAGAAAUUAUUUUUUUAUUUUCUAUUUUAAUAAAAAUAAAAUAAGUUAAAAUUUUAUUUUCAAAUAUUUACGCUAUUGCGCACGAGUUUGACUAAGUUGACAUAUUCUAUUUAGUUAUAAUAUGAAUAUGAAUGCAUUAAUGUAUGAAUGUAUUAGGUACCUUAUUAAAGUCUGAGAACUGAUAAGCGUAUGUUGGUGUCUAAUGAAUAUUACGAUAAGGUGAUAAGUACUUUUCUAUUCCGACCCAGUGUAAUAAGUAUUGAUGUCUUACUUUUCGAGAUCAAGCAAAUCCCUAGUUUUCAAAAAAGCAUAAGGUAAUGUAAUGCCAUUAUUUUUUGUGCCUAUUUGCACCCAGUUAUCCGGAAAUGGAUAAGGUUUAUAUUGUUAUGACAGCAAAAUUAUGUAAGUAUAUCAUUUAAUAAACAAAUUUCGUCGAUUCACUAUAUUUACUUGAGGUCUAUCGGAAACAGGAUUAUGUAGGAUUUUAGUUGAAACGAAUUAAAUAAGUGCUUAAAAAUAGCUGCGAUAUUUUAUUACAAUUUAAAUAUAUAUUCUAUAAUAACGUCUACAUAGGGUUUUUUGCUUGAUAAAAUAUUAAUGUAACACAAGUAUUAAGUUUUAAAUAUAUAGUUUUAAGUUAAGACUAUAAGCAUAUAUUUCAGUUUUAAGAAUUAUUUUUAGUUCUCUUAUAAGUUUCGUCGUGUUCUACUGGAAUCACAUGGUUUGUUAACUUUGAAUAUUAUGUUUAGCCAAUUGAUAGCUUUGUGAUAUUAAAUAAACAGAAAACGUUUGAUAUAUUGUAUAACAUAGUAUAAAUGUAGCUAUUUACUUCGCAUAGCUG